GCCCGGCCCAGGAGCGCGGGGCCGGGGCUGAGCGACCGGGCCGAGCCAGCCGGGCCCUGCCAGAGCCUCACCCGGGCCCGGGGAAGGAUGAGCACCGACACCGGCUCCAGCUGACGGGUCUGAGGGCACCGGAGCGUCCCGGCACACGCCUGCGGCAUGGCUCUGCUGCUCGCCUGGGCGUGUGUGGCUGUGAGCGUGGGGACGGCGCUGGGGGACCAGGGCGACAGGGCGGACCUCUACUCGGAAAAUAUCACUCGCAUCCUCGACAAGUUGUUGGACGGCUACGACAACAGGCUCCGACCGGGAUUUGGAGGCGCCGUGACAGAAGUCAAGACGGACAUCUACGUGACCAGCUUCGGGCCGGUGUCCGACGUGGAGAUGGAAUACACAAUGGAUGUCUUCUUUCGUCAGACAUGGACUGAUGAGAGGCUGAAGUUUAGUGGGCCAACUGAAAUUUUGAGACUGAACAAUUUAAUGGUCAGUAAAAUUUGGACACCAGACACGUUUUUUAGAAAUGGAAAAAAAUCAAUUGCUCACAAUAUGACAACUCCUAACAAACUUUUCAGAAUUAUGCAGAACGGAACUAUUCUUUACACUAUGAGACUAACCAUUAAUGCUGACUGUCCUAUGAGGUUGGUGAAUUUCCCAAUGGAUGGACAUGCUUGUCCACUGAAAUUUGGAAGCUAUGCUUAUCCAAAAAGUGAAAUAAUUUAUACUUGGAAAAAAGGACCAUUGCAUUCAGUAGAAGUACCACAGGAGUCUUCCAGUCUCCUCCAGUAUGACCUCAUAGGACAAACUGUAUCUAGUGAAACGAUUAAAUCUAACACAGGUGAAUAUGUAAUCAUGACAGUUUAUUUCCACUUGCAAAGGAAGAUGGGCUACUUCAUGAUACAGAUAUACACUCCUUGCAUUAUGACAGUCAUUCUUUCUCAGGUGUCUUUCUGGAUUAACAAGGAGUCUGUUCCAGCCAGGACAGUUUUUGGAAUCACCACAGUCCUCACGAUGACCACUCUGAGCAUCAGCGCUCGCCACUCUCUGCCCAAGGUGUCCUACGCCACCGCCAUGGACUGGUUCAUCGCCGUGUGCUUUGCCUUUGUCUUCUCUGCACUUAUUGAGUUUGCAGCUGUCAACUACUUCACCAAUCUCCAGGCUCAGAGAGCAAUGAGGAAGGCAGCCAGGGCAGCAGCACUGGCAGCAGCACUAUCAGCAGCAACCGUACCGGCAGAGGACGAGAUUGUCUCGCAUUCUGACUCCAACUCUAACCUGAAGAAGAGAGUGAACUCCAUAGCAUCUCAGGCAGAGCAGUCUCCUGAGCCCAGCAUAAUAUCAAACACUGCAUCCCAGUGUCAGCCUCUGCCUGUUCCUCCACCAGCCCCACCACAACCACCAGCUAUCGGAGGUGCAAGUAAAAUAGACCAGUAUUCCAGGAUCCUCUUUCCAGUGGCAUUUGCAGGAUUCAACCUGGUGUACUGGGUUGUUUAUCUUUCAAAAGACACUAUGGAAUUUUUUGAACCUUCAGCAAUGCAUUUUCGAAAUGACCCUCAGUCCAACUGAAGAACAGCCCAAGAUUUCAAGGAAAUCACUCAAGGUCACAGAAGAUUGAAGAGAUGUCAAAGGAUUUGUCUGUCCACAGGUGAUCUCAGUUUUCAAACAGGGAAUAUUUUUAUUGGACAUUACCUGGAUGCAAACUCUGAACAAAUCAAGAGCUGCAAACUUCUUAGAGAUCUAAUUAAUAUUUUCUUAAGAUUUCUUACAAUGAUUCUACUAUAGAAGUUCUUGUUAAAUUAUUUGUUUAAUUGUCAAAGGAAAGAAUGUUCAUUUCUUCUAAAACAUUUGUGAACAAUUGAAUGUUUACAUUUACAUGAAACAUCAAUAAGAGUUUGGGUUUUUUUUAAUAGACUAAGGAUUGCUAAACUCAGCUGAUUCUGAAAUGGUAGAACUUGGCAUAGUUUCAGUGAAAAUCUAGGAGUUGUACUGAUUUCCAGCACUUGAAAUUGACCCAAAACAAUGUUGGAUAGAAAUCCUAUGAAAAGGAGCUGUAGUUCCAUCAUGUUUUAACCCUUUCAUAUAAAAGAUAAGGGAUUAGUUCUUAAUUAUUUUUAAUUUAAGUUUCAUCUUUGAGAUGACACUUACAAAAAAUGAGAUACAAGAAAAAAAAGGAAAUACAAGCAAUUUUUGUGUGCUUUAGCUGGUUGGUUACCACAGCGUAACUUUCUUUGUUCAAAGUCACCAUUAAAGUACAACCAGACUAAUAACAAAUAAUUUCUUGGCAGGAUCUAGAAAUGGAGGACUGGAAUUUCAGAGAGUUUUCAAGGUCUAAAGCUGACUAGACAAAAAGAUGCAGCUACCCAUCAGGCUAAGUGCAAGCCUCCAGCUCCAGGGAACUUCCUGGAAGCAGGUCUUGAUUACUAGUUAAGAAACAGAUUUUUAUCAGCUGAUUCUACUGAAUUGCCUGUAGCAAAAUCCCUAGAAAUGUUUUCUAGAGCCAAAGAAUUGCUAGCACAUUCAGAGUUUAAAGGUAAUAAUAUUUUGCCACUCUCAGCACAAACAGAAUUCCUUCAUUCACUCUUCAUCUCCAUGAUCCUUCUCAGGAAUGUAGUUAGGAAACACAUGCCUAAUCAAACCAAACCCAAGACCAAAUUAUUGCAGGUGUCCUGGGCAUUGGAAGGAGUCAGAAGCACACGAAGAAGUUUUAUAUGAAGCUAAAUAAAAAUUAAGGAUUCCAUCCUAUCUCAAAAUUUCAGUACGAUAAAAUUAACCAGAAACAUGAAAUAAUGCACAGAUUCAGGAUAUUCAGGGGCAUUUGCUUUGUCUACACAAACAUCUUAAUUCCUGUGAGAAUUAUAUACUUAAAUCCUUACAGGCUGACUAAUUGAUUGCAGUGUCACCAGCUCUUUUAUUGGUACUAUGACCAUUUUAACUGCUUGAAGGCCUUGCUCCAGCUGUUUUCCUUCUCCUGUUUCUAGAGCUUUUACUAGUGUGGUAGCUGGAGUGAUCAUGGGAAAUCCUUUUUGCACACCCUGUUCUCUAACUCUGAAGGGCUUAAAUGGAACCAUUUAAGGAUUUUACACAAAAAUAAAUAUUGUUUGUACAGAAAUGCCACAUUUGCUGUUUGCUUUUUCUGACUGGCUGCAGGCUGGCACU